AUGGCCACCUCUUCUCUACAAUCCCCAAUAGCUAAAAGGCUUGAAGGCAAGGUAGCAAUUGGAGCUGCCACAGCUAAACUUUUUGUUCAACAUGGUGCAAAGGUAACAAUUGCAGAUAUUCAAAAUGAUCUCGGAAAUUCAUUAGUAUAUGAAAUUGGUACAGAACACAUAAUGUUUGUACAUUGCAAUGUCGCGAUUGAAUCUGACAUUCAAAACGCGGUAGAGGCAACAAUUUCUAAAUUUGGUAAGCUUGACAUAAUGUUUAGUAAUGCUGGUAUAGCAGGUAAGCCAAUUUCAAGCAUCCUAGAUGUAGAUUACGAUGUAAUUAAGAAUGUGUUUGAUGUAAAUGUUGUUGGCUCAUUUUUAUGCGCCAAACAUGCUGCUAGAGUGAUGAUUUCGAAUAAUACAAAAGGUUCCAUUAUAUUCACAGCAAGUGUGGUGGCAACAAAAUAUAGUGAUUCGCUACACACUUAUGCAGCCUCAAAGAAUGCAGUUUUGGGGCUCUCGAAAAACAUUGGAGUCGAAUUAGGAAAAUACGGAAUAAGAGUUAAUUGUAUUUCUCUUUAUGCAAAUUGA